AAUAUAAUUAAAUCCGUCUUACGAAACGUUGCGUCGUUCCGAAAUCAAUAAGAAGUAAACUACUAUUUAAAACUGGUUAUUCGAUUUGUUGACAAUUGCGUCAUGUCCAUUUUGAGAUACCAAGAACACGAUAAAUCUCACCAUUCUUUAAAAUAAUAUUAUCGUAGACGCCUGUGCGUCUAUCCUAUGCGUAAUAUUCUUUAUUUUGAACAAAUAAAUAAUUUAGAUGCUCUCGAGGUGUAUCGUGUACUUCGUAUACCAUGACUAUACCCGUGACUUGUCCCGCCGGUAAAAAUUUAAAUUAAUCGACUGAUGUCAACGACAAUCGACUACUCGUAAGACAAAAAUAAUAACAUAGCCGCGGCCUUUGUAUCUGCAUAACGAUUAUAUAUGCAAAUCUCGAAUGGAAUAUCAUUUCCAUAGAUUAUACGAAAGAAAAUUUCAUCCUAAUUAUUGUUAUCGCAAUCGAAUCGUUUGUCUCCGAUAGCGAUAGUUCAUGGUUCAUCGUCUACUAUUUUUACUGUCACAGUAGCGUCGAUUCUUGGGCUUGAUUCUAAGUGCGUAUGGUCGGAGGCGCGUUUUAAAAUAAAAAACAAUUCGUAUUACCGUUGCUCGAAAAGUUCAUUUUCUAUCGUAAUAUGAUUCGCUGACUGCUGAUGUUUUCGGUUGUUAUUAAGGCGAUUUUACAUGGGACAUGGCUACCGUCAAAGUAACGGAGCAAAAAGUUAUUCUUUGUGGUGAAUAUGGUGUUGGGAAAACGUCUAUAUUCAGGCGAUUCGCGAACAAUUCCUUCGUGGCAAGUAACGAUCGAAAAUCGACGCUUGGUCUCGAUAAUAUCGACAAAGAAUAUAUAGUCGACGACAGACGAAUACGCUUACAAUUAUGGGAUACUGGAGGUAUGGAGAGAGUAGCAUCCGUGACAUCGAGUUACUACAAGUUUGCGGAAGCAGCUAUUUUGGUAUUCGCUCUAGAUAACUCGACGUCUUUUCAUCUUUUAUCUCAACAUCUAUUAGAUAUAGUUACGUACGCAGAAAACGCAAAGAUUUUUCUUUGCGGCAACAAAAGUGACUUAGAAGGAGUUACUCCACAAGUUACAGAUGCGGAAAUGGAACAAUUUUGCGAGCAAUGUCAUAACUUAAUUUCUGGAACUUACAAAACGUCUUGUAAAACUGGAGAAGGAAUACAUGAAAUGUUCGAGGACAUUGCGCAACAUCUAGUUGAAGCUAAUCGAUCUCGAAUGGAACUUCACGAAAUGGACAAAGAUCGCUUCAAAAUUUCCUAUAUCGACGAAGCUACUGAUCCAUCGUGUUUAUGUUAAAAAAUAAGAAACAACGAACGAACUUUUACAAUUUUUUUAGAAACGAAGGAAUUGAAUUAUAUUUCACGUCACGAGUAUAUGACAAGACGCGUUUUUCCAGAUACGGAGCAAGUAUUUGGAAACAUCGACGUAGAAAUUUUAUAUACGUAAAAAUCUAGGAAUAAAUUUAAGGUCCUUGACAGUAACGAUUUUUAAAUUAAAAUUUUAUUAUACGUCGAGGAUAAUUUUAAUUAAGCGAGCUUUAACUCUACAACUUACUCUCUGCGCAUCAUUAUACGCUUAAUUCUGCUUAUCGAUAUACGAGCCUUCUAAUUCACACGCUAAUAAAAAAAAAAAACUAAUGCUGAGUCCAUUUGAUAGUUUUUAAAUCGAUUCCAUCUUCGACCAUCUCCCACAAUGGACUGUAAAGAAACAAAUUUUGUGAUUCACGCAAUCUCGAUUUUUUAUCUGGAUUCGACAUAAUUCUAUUGUUAAAAACACAUGAACAAUGAAUCUGUCCAUCCAAUUGAAAAUGAAUUGCUUAUAAUAAGUGAUGUAAAUUAAUCAUGCUUUUACAUUAAAUAAAGAUUUAUACUAUGAUCAACGAAAUUGUACCUCAUAUCGCGAAGCUUCUUAACUUCUUGAAUCGUAUGUUUUGCAGUAUAUUCGAUUUCCUCCAGCGUAGUAAACCGCCCAAUACCGAAUCUACCCAUGUCGAGAUACAAAAAUAAAUUAUACGUAUAUGCAUAUAUUUAUAUACAUAUAUAUAUAUGCUCGUACAUUGUUUUAUAUAUUAUACUCGCCUAAUACUAGAAUGUGCUAGAUCUUCCGAUGCUCCAAUUGCUCUUAACACGUAACUAGGUUCUAAACUUGCACUUGUGCAUGCAGAACCACUACUUAAGGCUAUCUCUUUCAAUGCCAUUAGUAAUGAUUCUCCUUCUACACAUGCAAAUGAUAAAUUAACGCAUCCAGGGUACCAAGCAACUGAGUCCCCAUUGCGUACAACUUGCGGUAAAUUAGACAUAAGUUUUUCGAUCAAGAUAUUUGAAAGAUUCGUAAUAUAUUUAUGAUCAUACUGCAAACGAUAUGAGUUAUAAAAAAUUAUAUGAGUUAUAAAAAAUUCUAUGAAAAACUAUAAAAAGAUCGAGCAUACCUCCAUUUCUGAUUGUGCCAACUCACAAGCAGCACCAAGCCCAACAGCCAAAGGAGCUGGAACAGUUCCGCUUCUCAUACCUCGUUCCUGCCCGCCUCCACUUUGUAACGCUUCAAUACGAACACGUGGCCUUCGUCUUACAUAGAGUGCUCCAAUACCUAUGCAAACGAUUAUGAAAUAUGAAAUAAUUAAAAAACUUGCAAGAGUUCAUAGUGAGAUAUAUAUAUAAUACCUUUGGGUCCAUAUAUUUUAUGACCACUAAUAGACAUAAGAUCAAUGUUCAUUGCAUUAACGUCGAGCGGUAUCUUUCCAACAGCUUGAGCUGCAUCGGUAUGAAAAAAAACCUUUUUCUUUCUGUCAAAAAAAGAAUGAUUAUUCUAAUAUAUAUAAAAUAAGAAUAUUUUAUUUGUCGACGUAUAAUUAUAUGUAUACGUAUUUGCCUGCAAAUAGCACCAAUCUGUUCGACAGGUUGUCUAACGCCAAUUUCAUUAUUAACCGUCAUUAUAGAAACGAGCGAUGUAGCUGGCGUAAUAGUAGCUUCUAAUUGAUCAAUGUCGAUAAGUCCAUUCGAUUUAACUGGUAGAUACGUCACGUCGAACCCUUCUGCCUCCAAGGCUCUACACGAAUCUAAUACACAUUUGUGCUCCUAAAUGUAUAUAUACUGAUUUCAAUAUAUAUACCGAUUUCAAGAACGACUCUAUCUUCAAUUAAAAUUGCAAGUACUUACAGUUUGGGUCGUUACAACAUGAUUCUUUCUUGAUUUAUAAAACCUUGCUACACCCUUCACAGCGAUAUUAUUGCAUUCUGUUGCACCCGACGUAAAAACGAUUUCUUUUUUAUCGGCACCUAUCAGAUCUGCCACUUGCUAGUAUAUACGAAAAGAAUCAUUCAAAGAUUCGAAAGGAAACUUUAUUUUUAUGUUAAUUAAAAUAUGCCUCUGUACUAACUUUACGAGCAUGUUCUAUCGCAGCUUCCGUUUCCCAUCCAUACAUGUGGGUUCUAGAAUGCGGAUUUCCAUAAUACGAAGUAAAAUAUAACAUCAUCUUAUCCAAUACCCGUGGGUCCUAAACAUUAAUCGCACUAUUAUUUUAUAACCUACAGCAUCAUACUUAUUGAUCAAAGAUACCAUUGCACUGUAAGUAUAAGAUUGUGCAAUAUCAUGUUAUAAUCCAUACCAUGGGUGUUGUAGCUUGAGCAUCUAAAUAAAGCGAUCUACCUUCCAAGGGCCCUCUCUUAUAUUCAUCGGUGAUAGGAGCUGCAUAAUUAUAAAACCGCAAUAACAAAAUAUUAAUCGAACUUCGGCAACUAACGAUGACAUGUAAUCACAAAUAAAACAUACAUUCAUAUUCCGCGAUCUCUGAAAAUUGUUGACUAAACCUGUGCAAAGAGCGGCAAUCUUUGACUUGCCGUAACGUUAUCAUUAAGUUUUUUGUCGGUCGAAACAUAAUGAAAAUAUUAAUAUUAUAAAUAAUUACUGAUCGUGCCCGCGAGUUCGACUAUUCCGCGUGUCCUUAACCUUCGUAAUCUCUGUCAUUCGGCGUAGUAUCGCUCACGAGUGUCAUCUAUCGUCGAUUGGCUGAUCCAAAUUUUCAUCAACGUCGUUAUCGACGGCGCUGUCUAACGAUUCCUAUGAAAAUAAACAUAAUUUUUUAUAAUUGUUACGAGUAUGAAAUAUAUUUCGAAGAAAAUUUCUACGAGGUUAUCUCGUAGGAUGGAUCGAUAGCGUCGACUUUCUCACAAAGGAUAUACGUGCCGAAGGCUCCUCGAAGAGAUACAUAUAUUCAUCACGUUCGUCGUCAACGCGUUUAUUCAUUACUAUAUCUAUUAAUAACUUGGAUUAGUUUUAUGUCAUUGCAGUUGCCCUCCUCUUCCAGAGAAUAACACAAUAGACACGAGUUCAAGGACAAAAGUCGGAUAAUCCGUAAAAGUAUGCGAACACUUCAUUUUUCUUUCAUCGGACUCUUUCCUUUUUCAAUUGUCUUUGCGUAACUUUUAGGUGAAUUUGAUCGUAACGCUUAUUGGGCUAAUAAUGAAAUAAAAACGUAUAGAAAAUGACCAAAAAUUACGUUGAAAUAUCGAAGAUAAAAUCGAUAAUAAAGUCAAGAUAAAAAAGAUCGAUAAACAUCUCGAUCACUUCCUCCAGGCAUUUGCGAGUUUCUCGCAUAAUCGAGACCUUCUGCUACAUUCUCGAGACACGACGAUGAUAACUAAUCGAAAGACGAGCAGGUAAGUACGUGCGACAGGUAAACAAACCUUCAUCGUGCAAGAUUGUGCGAGCGUAUUUUAAACACGUACGCUCCGAUAAGGGUUGAAUUUAAAGAAAAAGGAGCGCUGGACAAACGGUCAAGUCGUGGAAGUAACAUCGUUCUGUAACAAACGCAAAAAAAUGAGGACGAAAGGGAAGAUUGUAAAGAUCGGCUGAUGGACGUCUUCACGAAGGUCUGUGGCAACGAUCGCCUCAAAAGAGGCAUCGAAAAAUUUGAUUCAGAAAAAAUGGGCUAUAAAAAAUUCCAGCUGGUCAAAUCUAUCGAUUUUUCCCUAGAACGGGAGAAAAAAUCUAUAUCCUUCAAUAAGCACAAAAAAAGAGAUAUCUCGGCGAAAAUAGCGAAUCCAGAGGGAGAACAUGUCGUGGAUAUUAUUUCUGGUUCCAACCGAGAAGAUUUUUAUAACCAACAACGGUAUUAUCGACAGAAAUUUCUUCCGCCUGCUUCCGUACGGUUUCAGAAUGUUGCGAUUACAAGGUCAUCAUGAAUGAAUACGGCGACUAAACUCUUCCAUUGCAUUGCACGUUAUCGCUUGCUCACGUCCUUCGGAUAACGCUUUAUCCGGACAAUCCUUCAUCAAAGACGUAUACAACUUCCUGAAAAAGAAAAAGAGAAAGAAAAAAAAAACGAAACAAGUAAAAUAACAAAGUCAAAAUUGUUCCUAUUUGGUAGACGGAUGACGAUGAUCUGGGAUUUGAGAUGGCCGUCGAAGAAUUGUACGAGCUUUAUAACGAUUUUAACGACCGACUACCACGAUCUUUUACGCAAAUCGAACGCAAGAAAAUGCUACGAGACUUUGCUAAGACUUGCUGUUACGAGGAUAAUACUUGCGAUAGCGAGAAUUUUGACGGCCUGUGUUUUUGAAAAGAGUGGACGAAUACUUUCCAAGGCUUUUCUUAAUCAGAAAAAUAAAAUGUUACUUAAUCUCCAAACCGUCGAUACCUUCGUAUAUCCCUAUGAUCUUACCAUAAUGUCUAUAUAUAAUAUUAUAGUGAGAUAUAGUAGAUUUAUUACGCGAAUAUUUUCGGAUCUUUCAAAAAGUCACUACGAUAAAUAUAUUUUCAGCAGCGGAAGAACGAAUGCCGAUAAUUAAAUGUCGCGUCGUCUUGCAAAACCGUAAAACGCGUACCCACCAAUAAAAGUACGACUCGCAAGUGCUUAAAAGCGAUAUAUCGCUCGUUAAGUAGUUUCUAAGAAAUAUUUUACCAAGAAGCUUCGUUCUUGGAGCAAUAUAUUUGGAUCUUGCGGCACUUUAAGUGUCAUUUCGAUUUAAAACAGAGGUAUCUGAAAUGGUACCGUAUAUUAUAUUUUCUAAUUAUACAUAUGUAAGAUGGUCGCGCGAACGUAUUAACGUAUUAUCGCGAGUAUCGAGAAUAAGGACGGUCUAAUAGCUUUAUUCUAAUAGAUCAUUCCUUCUUUAAUUAUGAUAGAAAUAUGAUAACGCUGAAAAAUCCGAUAUACGAUAUAGAAAAAGCCGAGCAUAGAUAUAUAUCGAUGUCAACGUUAUCUUUGGUUUCGAGUUUCUAUAAAGAUGAUAAGUGCUAAAGAAUGCAGCGAACGCGAAAAGGGAGAUAUCUCUGUAUGGUCAGCGAUGCGUUAAGAUGCCUUUGUGAAGGACUGACAGUGGAAAGGGGAAACAAAGGUAACGCUGAAUAGAAAACGGUGAACGGAUCUAUAUAUAAAUAUUUAUUAAUCGCUAAUCAUACGAUCCAAUUGCCAGCGAAAUUCCAAUAAAUAAAGGACUAAAUCAAUGAAUUAGUUAAUAUCGAUCCCUAACAGAUAGAAGCAUUUUUCAAUUGAUUGCCGAUCGAAAGUUAUUUCAAUUUGAUUUUUCUCGCGCGCAGAUGAAUCGUACAAACGAUUUGCUUCUAACCACGUCCGAUAGUCCGAGGUGCGUAUUUUACUUAAUCGUUAAGGUUAAUAACACGAUUAUUUAGCGCUAAACAAUAAUUGAUAUUUAAUACUAGUGAGAUCAUCAGUCGGUAAGAGAAUUAAUGUCACCGGCAACUCGAAAGCGAAGCUGUCCGUUGCACUUGACAUGCCUAUAAAAAUAUUUUACAUUAAUAAAAUCUUUAUUAAGUCUUCCUCUGUGAGAUCACGUGAUUAAUCUCAAAUUCAAUCUUUAGAACGACAGAAAAAAAAGAAAAAAUAAUAGAAAUACAUUAAUGGAUUGAAUGAAUCACAAAUUUUCUCACGUUACGUUAAUCGUUACUGUCUUUAGGAAGGAAGUCGUACUCGAGAAGCAAAGUUCUUGAUUCUUCUUCCCUCAUUGCUGGCGAUCCACAAAUUUCAAGUCUUCUAAUUUUGCGUGUUUCAAACUCAUUCCCUAACUCGCCAUUUUUCUUUCGACUUUGUAAGUCUUAACAUGAAAGAAAAAAAAAAAGCAAAAAGAAAAGAUUCGUCGAAUCAUCCUCUUCCCGUAAAUUACGAAGAAAAUCACAAAUGGACGACAGAGUUGAUAACGUCGAUUAUAAAACAACGACCAACCAGCACCCUUCUGUGGGACUAGAUUCCUUAACAUAUCAAAAUAACGUGGCGCUCGCUCGCUCGUUCGUUCUCUCUCUCUCUCUCUCUCUCUCUCUCUCUCUCUCUCUCUCUCUCUCUCUCUCUCUCUCUCUCUCUCUCUCUCUCUCUCUCACGCACAAA